AGAGUGUUAAACCGGAAACAAAACUGUUCGACCUGGUGUAACGUCAGGUCUGGUAACGUAAUGAAAAAGUUGACAAGUCAGGAUCGGUUUGCUUUGAUGUGCCUAAAUUGAAUCUACAUGAAAAAAUAUAUCGCCCUAAGGACACGUACUGGACACGAGUAAAGUUUGAGCUGACUGACUCAUGUGUCAACCCAAACACCCAAGCUGACACAAUAUGGCCUGUACAGAGGAACCCCCAGAGAAGCACUGCUGGGUAUGCUUUGCCACAGAGCGGGAGGACCGGGUGGCAGAGUGGGUGAGCCCCUGUCGGUGUAGAGGCUGCACCAAGUGGAUCCAUCAGAACUGUCUGCAGCGCUGGCUGGACGAGAAGCAGAAGGGCAAUGGUGGUGGGGCUGUCAGCUGUCCACAGUGUGGCACUGAGUACCGCAUUGUCUUUCCCAAAAUGGGUCCAUUAGUGUACUUCCUGCAGCAGGCUGACAGAGCUCUGUCCAGAGCCAGUCCAUUUGCUGCUGCAGGCGUGGUGGUUGGCACUGUCUACUGGUCAGCUGUCACCUAUGGAGCUGUCACUGUAAUGCAGGUAGUAGGCCAUAAAAAGGGCUUGGACGUGAUGGAGCGUGCUGACCCACUGUUCCUGCUCAUGGGUUUGCCCACCAUACCAGUCAUGCUGGUCCUGGGGAAGAUGAUUCGCUGGGAGGACUAUGUGGUGCGGCUGUGGCAGCGACACUCUGCCAAGCUUAAUGGCCUUGUCCCUGGCCUCGGGCGGACUCUGCCCCGUAUGCCAACAGAUGGGGGCUAUGGGGGGGACCACGUGUCCGUGUCGCGCACCCUGUGUGGAGCCCUCAUCUUCCCCUCCAUCGCCAACCUGGUGGGCAGGCUCAUGUUCCGCAGGGUCACCUCAAACCUCCAGCGCACCAUCCUAGGAGGCAUUGCCUUUGUUGUGAUUAAAGGAAUACUGAAGGUGUAUUUCAAACAACAGCAGUACCUCAUCCAGGCCAACCGUCACAUCCUUGACUACCCUGCUCGGGAAGAACGGGCUGAUGAUCACAGCGAGGAAGACAAUGAGGACAGCGGAAAUGAGUAGAGACAAGAAGGCCCCUUCACUGCAGUCUCCCCAGUUUUCCUGGGUUCUACUGUAAAAACUCCAUUACCAUCAUAAACAGAAACAAUCAUGGAACUGUUUCAGUUGCAGUAACAUUAUUAUUAUUCAUUGUAAAAGCCCAUCAGAAAUUAUUGCCUAUGGCCAUUUAUGUAGACUGUAGAGAUAGAAGAUUAUUUUAUUUUAUUUUGAGAUUUCAAUUAAUAAACUUAUAUGAUUGUU